GACGCGUCACUGCCGCCGGCCAUUUUGGAGGCCGAGGAGGCUUUUUCUGGGUGCCAGCUCUGGACCAGGGGCAUCCCGGGCGUUUGGCUGGGCCCUCGGCUCUGCCCGCCGACCUUCCCCUCCAGUGACAGCCGGUGCCCUCCCCCUCAAGGCCGCCAUUCGCCGCGCGGUCUCGGCCUAGGUCGCACCGGUGCUGCAGUUUUUUUUUCCUUCGGGAGAAGCCUAAAUCACGGAGAGAUUAAGUGACUUGCCCAACAUCACACAGCUUUAUAUGACAAUCAAAGCAAAAUGAUGGAAGAGAGUGGAAUAGAGACAACUCCACCUGGAACACCCCCACCAACUGCUGCAGGAAAAAUAUUUACAACAUCUACUACUGCUGUCCCUCUAGAUUGGAAGAAGUCAUUUUCUUCUACUUAUACAACUCCAAUGCAAUCCUUACCACCACAAACACUCUCUACAACUGUGCCAUCAUUUGGUCCCAUGAAGAGUUCAGCUUCUUUGUCUUUUGUAUCACCUUCACCAGUUUCUGUUAUGUCAUCUGUUGCUGCUGCCUCACCUCCUGUUUGUAUAGUUCCAUCUCCCCUUUCCUUAUCAACUGCUACAGUCUUCAGUAGUGAUGCCCCUCCCCAGUUUUCACCUUUGCCUAAAAGUACUGCUUCAGUCACUGUUACUCCCCCUCCUCCUGCGGGUCCUCCUACAUCAGGAUUUUCUGUUGAUGCAGUCUAUGACAUCACGAGGGGUCAUGCAGGAAGAACUCCCCAGACACCUUUGAUGCCAUCAUUUUCUGCACCUUCUGUUACAGUGCCAGCCCCCAUUUCUCAACAAGCCAGUUUAACAUCUGUGCCACAAGGAACUGGAAGUGGCUCAGCUAUCACUUUCCCAGAGGAGCAUGAAGAUCCUAGAUUGGCCAGUGUUCAGAAUGAAUCUGCUGGUGGUAUCUGGGGUUUUAUUAAGGGUGUGGCUGGAAAUCCUAUGGUGAAAUCCAUGCUUGAUAAAACUAAACACUCAGUAGAAAGCAUGAUUACUACGCUGGACCCAGGCAUGGCUCCUUAUAUCAAAUCUGCAGGUGAACUAGAUAUUGUAGUAACCUCAAAUAAAGAGGUAAAAAUUGCUGCUGUCCGAGAUGCCUUCCAGGAAGUCUUUGGUUUAGCUGUAGUAACAGGAGAAGCUGGCCAGUCCAACAUUGCACCACAACCAGUGGGUUAUGCAGCUGGAUUAAAAGGGGCCCAAGAGCGUAUAGACAAUUUACGUCGUUCUGGUGUGAUUCAUGAAAAACAACCUGCUGUGUCUGUAGAAAACUUCAUUGCUGAAUUGCUACCUGACAAGUGGUUUGACAUUGGCUGUUUGAUAAUUGAAGAUCCUCUCCAUGGCAUUCAUCUAGAAACAUUUACACAAGCUACACCAGUGCCUUUGGAAUAUGUACAGCAGGCUCAAAAUCUCACCCCCCAGGACUAUAAUUUAAAAUGGUCAGGCCUUUUGGUUACUGUGGGUGAAGUGCUUGAGAAAAACUUGGUACAUGUCAACCGGACUGAUUGGCAUGUAGCUUUCACUGGCAUGUCUCGGAGACAAAUGAUCUACAGCGCUGCCAAAGCAAUUGCAGGCAUGUAUAAGCAACACUUGCCACCCAGGACCACUUGAGAGAAGAUUGUCUGGGGUACAGAGACAUUUUUCUAUAGUUUAAUAUUAAAGAAGAGAUCAUAUCUUCUGAUUGAAGAGUUUCAGUGAUUUCUGCAAGUUUUCUAUUUUACCUGUUAUUCUGAAUAGAAAAAAAAACAAAUGUAAUUUUAUUAUAUAUUAAUCUAACUUCAGAUAUCAUAGUUCUCAGAAAUGAGCAUCCAUAGCAUUUAUAACAGUUUGAUAGCAUUAAAUUUGUAAAAAGAGAAUUUAUUUGCUGAGACUUUUAAUAUACUUGUUUAAAUUGGGUGAUUUUUUUUUUUUUUAAAGAAGGGUAUAUAUAGCCCAUUGAUAAAUAAUGCUAUAAAGUCCCUCCCAGCUCUAAAUCUCUGUGUCUGAGGUUACUGUUGUCUGUAGUGUUGCUAAUUUCUCAUUUCACAUUCAAAAGAAUGAAUCCUUUUUCCCCAUAGUUUUUAGAAAAUCUGAUUUGUGGAUGAUCUCAGGACUGAUGCUCAGUAAUUCCUCAUUAGAUUACCACAUGAUACAUGAUACAUGAAAAUGACAUUUUCAUGAACAUUGACAAAAUAUCAGAUAUUUUUUGUGCUGAGUGAUUUAUAUAGCCACAUGUAAUAUACCUUUUCAAAUAAAAAUCCCAUUUUAUUUUAGUGUAUAUCAUA